AUUAUUAGCUUAUCGACGCACUUUAAUAAUCAAAUUUAAUGCUUCACUUGAAUUAGUCGCAAUUAGACUCAGAACUGAAGUUUUAAGUUUGUGGAAAUUAUAUUGCAAAUAACAUUUCAUUCAAAUGUCAGUUUUGAAAGUAUUUUGAUUAAUCUAUGCACAGAGAUAUUGUGGAGCCAGGGACGCGAUACUGAUACCAUAGAUGUAAUACCCAUGAUGAUACAAACUUCGUUUAUGAUACGUACGAUGUAGUUAUCAAAUUGAGUCAAAUUGACUUUAUCUGUGGAAAUUAGUUACAAUUGACCCGAGUUUACCUUUAACAGGUAAAAAUCACAUCUCUAUCUGGUUUAGGAUACGAUUUAUAUAAAAUGGGGUAACAUAUUCAGUGUCUUGAGAUUGACGUCUGCAGAUACACUGUGUAAACUUUAGGACUGACCCAACAAGUGAACUGAGAUACACUUUGUAAACUCUUAGAGCUGGACAAGUGAACUGUCCAGACAUGGAAGGCCGGAGUAAAGGUUAAUACAAUGCUCUACAUCAAGAAUGUUUUGGUUUGUGUUUUUCUGAUAGUAGAACUAGCAUUUGCUGGCUCGUGGUAUAAUUGGGGAGGAUGGAAUGAGUGUUCUAGAUCAUGUAAUGGGGGACUUUUCAACAGAAGACGGAUGUGUUACGGGGGUAACUGCAUUGGAAACGAUAUUCAAUACAGACUUUGUAAUACUCAGAAAUGUCCAUCGAACGAUAUUAUACCGGAGUAUGAAGCUUGCCAGUCUUACUCCAGAAGCACUGAAUGGUUUCCGCGCCAAAAAUACCAAUGUUCUGUCUCCUGUGUCGGAAAAACUAAACAAAUUGCAGACAUGAUCAGUAUUAAUUUGGCUGAUGGUACGAAAUGUAGUAAACAUUCCAGUCACUAUUGUAUCAAUGGAAAAUGUUUGAAACUUGGUUGUGAUGGUAUAGUGGGCUCAUCUAAAGUUGUUGAUGAUUGUGGUAUCUGUGAUGGCGAUGGUACCUUUUGUCAAGAACGAGAACCAACCGAGGACAAACAUGUUUACCAAUGGGACGUUCGGUGGACAUUUUGUUCUGUAUCAUGUGGCACAGGAUUCCAGACAUCCCGAGUGAGUUGCUGGAACAUAAAAUACGGUCAACAAGUACCUGAAUUCUACUGUGAUUACAAAACUCAGCCGACAGAAAGUAAACGUGAAUGUUCUUCAGCAUCAUGUGGCCCACAGUGGAAAAUGAGUUUAUGGGAAUCUUGUUCUGUUGAGUGUGGCGGAGGUAUUCAGAGGCGGAAGGUUACAUGUGUUCACACGACAGGAAGGUACAAAACAUUAGAAGUGUCAUCAUAUCGUUGUCCCGAUCCUAUUCCAUCAUCAGAAAGACCCUGUAAUAUACACUUCUGUCCCUCAAAUUGGCAGACUGGUCCAUGGACACAGUGUUCUGUAACUUGUGAUGUUGGAGUCCAAGGACGUCCUGUGUAUUGCAUGAAAACCUUUGUUCGUGGAAUAAAAGUGAAUGUCUCAGACAGUGAAUGUAUGGGACCAAAACCUCAAAACUCAAGACCAUGCUCUCAGCCACCAUGUUUUAAGAUGCUUUCAUUCUCUCCUCAUAUCACACAGGACAAUUCAACAUUUAUUCAGUUAAAGAAAUCAAAAACAAUUCGACUUCAAAUUGGCGUAAAGGCCAUUCUUUUAUCAAGACAGUCAGUAAAAAUAGAAUGUCCAGUGGACAACUUUGAUACUUCACUUAUAUUUUGGACUAAAAAUAGUCGACUUAUAUCAACGUCUGUUUACAAUAGAGUUUACGUUACCUCUAAGGGUGCUCUUAAAAUCAAAAGGACCGAAGUGUCUCAAGAUACUGGAAUAUAUACGUGUAUAGCAGGGAUGGAAAGUGCAAAUGUAGUCAUAGAAUUCCAAAGUAAAAAGAUUGCAAGACGAAAAGCUAAUAAAAUAAAAAAGAUAAUGUCCAAUAAAAUUAAGAAUGAAAUUCUUAACAUACCUCAAUCAGACACUAUUCCUGGAAGUGGGCCACAAAAUAUAAUAGCACGACCAAGUGAUAUUAAACAUUCCAAAAACUCUGCAGUUUUUAUAACAAGCGAUUGGUUGAAAUGUUCUAGAACUUGUGGUUAUGGUUUUCAAACUAGAAAAGUAACGUGUAAUAUUGUGACAGAUAAAUAUAUAAAAAUAGUAGCAGACAAACAAUGUAACGAAGAAAAACCAGAAAACCACAGAGUAUGCCAAGAUAAUCCAUUGUGUCCAGUCUGGAGAGAUGGACAAUGGUCAGAGUGUUCAGUGAAAACAUGCAAGUUGGAUGGAAUAGCAGUACAAACCAAAGAGAUACAUUGUAAUGCAGAAAAUAACCAAACCAUUACACUCCCUCAUAAUAAGUGCGACAUAAAAGUUCGUCCUCAAACUCAUAGACAGUGUAUCAAUGAAGAAUGUGAGGCUAUCUGGAAAACCAGCAAAUGGACAUCGUGUAAACCAAGAUGUGGCAAGACUGGUAAGAAAACGAGGAUGCUUUCGUGUGUGUGGAAACACAACAAGAAGCAAGCUAAAGAUAACUGUAAAUCAAAACCAAAACCAUUACUCAGGAAAGUUUGCAGACCAAAACAUUGCAAAAGGAAAUGUUUUGAUUCGUCACGAUACUGCAGCAUUACAAAACUUUUAAACAUGUGCAGAUACAGAACAUUUAGAGAACGAUGCUGCGCAACAUGUACUAACUCUGUUCUAACAUAAGAUAUGUUUACAACAUGAACUUCCUUUAAGGAACUUUCUUUGGUGCUAGAUAAUUUCAGUCGUAAAAAUCUGAUUAGAUAAUCUAAAUAACAUUUUACCAAAUCACUUUGACAUAUACUAAAAUACUACAAAAUGGAUUAUAAGAGUGGCAUGUAGGACAAUUGAACAAUUAAUUUGCCAAACUUG